AUGGCCUGGUUCAUGAGAGGCGUCCAGAGUGCCGUCUUCCACUAUGCCUCGUGCGCCCCCUGCACCGGCUACUCGGACGGCAGGAAGAGACGGAAAGCAGCAAAGGCUGCGAGGAAAGUGCGGGAGAAGCUGGAACUCGAGCAGCCCGACGCCUACCACCAUCCCGAACCCACUGGGACCAAUAUAUACUGGCAUGAGGAGAUCGUCAUGGGCCCAGGACCGCCGCCACGAAGGGCGCGGAGGACCAACACGGGCACUACAGGCAGCACAAGGGGCAUGCCAACUCGCGGAACACAGGGCUCGGCUAUGAGCAAGGGCGGGAGCAGCAUCGAUGUCGACCAAGCAGGUGACAUGCGCCUGAGCGACGAUACCCUCGACGACGAUGAGACAUGGAACCACAAGCGCUAUCAGAGGGAAGACGAGGACCUAUGGGGCCACGACGAGCCCUCGAUAAACCUCGAGCAGACCAUGACAGGCUCGUCAACAGGAGGUGCCGGCUAUCAAAUACGGAGACCAGGCACUUCAAGAUCCGGCAGCUACUACACCGCGCGCGCACCACCCGUCAACGAUCUGCACCCUCCUGUCGUCAGUCUCCCCUCUCCCGACCCCCUCGACAACCGAUGGAUGCUCCAACCUCCACCCAAAGCUAGUGUCAUGGCUGGAAAAGAACGAGCAAGAAACAGGAGUCGAAGUGGCAGUGGCGCCAGUAGUCGCGUCGAGUUGAGCUUGGGUCGCCAGGUCAGCACAAGGCACUUGAUGAACAAGCUGGAACGAGGCGAGACACCCGAGGCCCGCUCAGCAUCGCCCAACGGUUCGUACUUCAACCCAUCACGGUGCAGGACCCCACAAGCUCGGCCGCCUUCUGCCACGAGCAGUUCACGCCGAAGACAGAGAAGAGACACCAAGGUCGACCUCGCCAUGGCGCGAACCGAGACAGUGAGCACCCAGCACUCAUCUGGAGAUUCCAGCGACACAAUCGUCCGAGGCAAUUCCGCACCGCGAUCCGCAGUCGUCCCUGACAUCAAAGUGAUCCGCGUCCGUCAGAGCCGCCCCGCACUCUCCACUGUUCUGUCCAGCAACUCAGGAAGGAAUGGCAGCGACGAAAACGCACUCCCGCUUCCCGAGAAGCCCAGUCCAGCCCACCACCGCUAUACCACCACGUCGACCCCCGAUUCCAUCCCUUACUACACCAAACAUCGCGAACCUCUCAACUCGUCCGACAUUUCCUCCCUAAACUGCCUCCAAGACCUCGUGUCCCCACGCGCCCUACUCAACUCGCGCUUCGUCUCCGCACCACUCGUCGAAGCCAAGAUCCGCCUACCGCCUUCAGAAGAAGACAUGGCAGCAAGGGCGCGACGCGAUAUGUCCGACAGUGGCUUCAGCCUAUCGCGAGACUGGGACGAGGAGGAAGAAGGCAUCGUAAAUGUUCCCUUUGAUCGAAACUUCGGACCACCGGAGAGGGAUCCUCGGUUUAGAUGGAGUGUCGACUUUUGA